AUGAUACCUAAUUAUGAAUCACAUAAAUUAUUAAAUGAUAUGAAAGAACAACAAGAUCAAAAUGAAAAAGCUUUAAUAUAUUUACGAAGACGUCUUAUGUAUAAUAAUAAUAAUUCAUUAUUAACUUCAAAUGAUACUUCAUCUUUACCAUAUAUUAAUUCUUCUCGACGAACAACAACUGAUGAUGUCAGAUCUUUACGUAAUGUAUAUUUACAAUCGGGUGGUCAUGAUGCUAAUGUUCUUGAUCGAUAUAAUGAUCUUGAACAUAGAUUACAUUAUUAUGAAUAUUAUCCAUGGAUGAAAGAUUAUCCUGAACCAUUAAAACAAUAUCGAUGUAUUCAAAUCAAUUAUCGUUCAAUUCGUCCAAUUGAAUCUACAACUGAUAAAUUAACAUUAGCUAAUAAUGAAAAAGAACAUCUUAAAAAUGAACUUAAUGAUGUACAACGUAAAUUUCAAAUACUUGAUUCACGUACUCGACAAUUAGAAUUAACUUUAGCAACAAAUGGAAUGCUUGAUACUAAAUCAAAUAAAAAUAAUCAUAUUUAUUCAUCAUCAAUAAUUGAUCGUUAUCAAUCAAAAAAUUCUUUAAAUCAAACAUCUUCUCGUCGAAUUCAUACAAAUUCAGAUGAUGAUCAAUUUGAUCAACGUCGACAUUUUUAUCAAUCAUCAUUACCUAUACUUGAUAAUGGUAUGAUAACAUCACGUGGAAUUCAACAAAUAAAUCAUCCAAAUUCAACUAUAAAUAAAUUAUUAGAUCCAUUAGAUUCACAAACAUAUGAUCCAGUUAAUGGUUUUGUAAUAUUUUUUGAUUUUAUUAUUAAUUUUCCUUCAACAAUGGAUAAAUGUCGACUUAUAACAUGUCUUCAUCAUGCACAAUCAGGACUUGGUGAACCAUCAUAUUUAGAAAUAUUCAAAUGUGAAUUAUAUAUGAAUCAAACAUCUGGUGAACAAAUGGGUGUUGUUUUACUUGCUACUAGACAACCUGUACCAAGUUGUCCACCACAACAAGCAUUAACAGUUGUUAUUGAAGUACAAACAACAACAAAAUUAAAUCCAACGGAACCAUUACGUACAAAUGCUUGGACUAAAUUACCAUUAUUUAAUAAUAAAAAUCGUUUAUUGAGUGGUCGAUGGAAAGUACCAUUAAAAGAAUUACCUAUUCGACAGCAUGAAAGUUUUCCUGCUAUUAGUAGAUUGCCAACAUUUGGUCGUGCUGAAUUACACUAUCGACUAGUCAAUUCCAAAGAUGCAGCUAAUCAAGCAAGUGUACCCUUAUCACCUAAUAAUCGAGAUCAAUACUUUUAUCCUCCACAAUCUAUCAAUCGAUCACAUAUGUAA